UCAAGACCCAGCUGGUCCAUCCUAGAUAUUCAAAGUUUAAAAUCAUAAACAGAUUCUUAUGUUAUGUGCGACUCAAACCAACAGCAACACUUUGAGCCCAAAGGAGGCCUCCAGAUAUCCCAGAGAAAGAGGCAAGUUGUCUUUUAUAGGGACUUAGGAGGUUUCUCAGAUAAAUCUCCAUCUUAUUUUGUCCCCAAGGGGUAGUAAAUAUUUAAGGAAUUAGAUAUCCCCACAAAUUCUGACAAGUGGGUAAUUCUACUAUUAUUACCAAUUCAACAAAAUAUGGAAAGAACCCCAGCCUGCAGGUCAGGACACCGAGUUUUAGUUUCGUCUCUGUCAUUGGCUUUUGGUGAGGUCUGGGACAAAUCAUUUAAUUCAUUGGGCAUCUGCUUCCUCAUCCACAAAAUGAGGGAGUUGGGUUUGCUUGGUUUUUAAAGUCAUUUCCAACUUAACAAUUCUGUUUCUAUGACAGGCAUAAUAUCUCUUAAGAAUCUCUGCUGAAGUCUGCCAUAUCGCAUUAUUUGAUCUACUACUUAAGACAAGAAUAUAAAUGUUUCUAUUCCUCUCUUCUCUUCAAUCUGUCUUUCUCCUGACUCUCCAUCUCCUCUCUUUCUCCUUCCCUCCCCCUUCCUCCUCUCCCCUCUCCACUACACCCCUCCCUUGCCUUGUCUCUCAAAGAGUUCAGUGUGUGACCACUAGAGGUCUUUUUCUUUCACAUGGUAGCUGCUGUGCAUGGUACGGCUUUUCAUUUAUUCCUACGUGAGCAGACUCACUAUACUUCUUGCAUAUAAACAGUGAAAAAUACAAUAUAAAGGACUUAAUAUACCUUCUCUUGGAGUAAUUUUUACCACUAGUCAAAGGCUUGCGUGCCUAACAGGGCUGAAGUAUAUUUUCUGCAGGUAAUUCCAACACCUCAAGAACCCGCUCACCUGCCCAUCCCUGCAAAGAUUGACUGUCUGAUUUGGAGUCUUCUUGAGGUCAUAGGGUUUAUAAUUCCUUUCUUAAAAUCAUCUGGGUCCCUAGACAUGGUUAAUUUAGUACCAACGUGAAUCAGAACAAAGACCACACGGCAGAAAUUGUUCUUUCUGAAUCCCCUUCUCUGCUUUAUUCCAGUCUUGGUCACAUCUCACUGCUAUAUGAGGCUAUUUGGGAAGACACAUUUUCAUCAAUGAAAAAAAAGGGAAAGAACAUGAAGAAGAAUGGCCCCAGAGGAGGAAUUUCUGUUUGACAUGAACAGAUGUGCUAUCCCAGAAACAUCAUGUCAUUUCAAAAGAGCAAACACCCCAGUUGUUUGUUACACUGCCUAUUUACACUCCAUGCAGAGGAGACACAUUUAAGAGGCUGGCUGUACCACACCUGAGCCUAUCCCUACUAGGAAGAUGAACUAGAUAUUCCAAAUGUGACAGAGUCUUCUAGGAAAUCACUUGUCAUGGACUUUGAGGUCAUUUCUAUUGUAUUUUCCUGGUUUGUGUGAGAGAGAAUGACAGACUUCUUCCAGAAUUUGAGCAAUCUGACUCUAUCAAUAUCUAGACCACCAGCAAUUUCCUUAGAUUGGAUAUUUGAACAUUAGAGUAACUCAAGUGUUUAUCCAAUUAGCUCUGUGAUGAAAAAAAAAUGUUUAAUUUUGGAAGAAACAUUAGAAAUAGUUAUUGAGUAAAACCUAUAGGCUGGGGAUGGCCAACAUAGCAAUCCACACAAUCUGGAGAGUGAGUCUUCUCCCUCACCUCUGCUGGCUGUUUUUGGCAUCUGGGGCUUUGUCACCAGAUGCAUCUCGAAUGACUUAAUGCAACGUAUCAAAGAGAAGCUUGCAAUCCUCAGACCUUCAAAGGAGGCUCGAUGGCCCAGCAAAGCAUGAAAGUGAGACCCGUGCUCCUGAAGCGGAACAGUCUGGAUUCAGUGGACUUUGUGAAACAGCCCCACCACCGCAGAAGCAAAUCCCAACAAGUUCGCUUCAAGGAGGAUGGAGCUAGUAAGAAUCAAGCUGGCGUGGCAGAGAUUGAUGUCCAAACAGACCAAGACUCUACUCUGAUGGGGAAAGUGCAGGCAUCUCACCACCAUCACCUACCCAGCUACUCCCUCUCCUUCCCCAGGUCCCAGAAGGGGGGAAGUAUCCGUAACAUUGCAAUCCAAACUUCCCCCAGCCUUAGGAAGCAUUUCCCUGUUUUUAAAAGGAAAAAGCUCACAGCCAGCAAGUCACUAGUAGAAAUGCCCACAGAGUCUAAAAAUUCCAUCCAGGUCAAUGGCAACCUCUCAGAGCAGGACAUCAUGUCUUCUGAUCUUGCCUAUUUACGUAUCACUAGGCACUUAGAUGAUGUUCCUCACAGAGGUAAGAAAGCGCAUCCAUUUUUCCCCCGAAUGUCCAAGGCACAAAGCAAUGGGCCUGUUAGCAUUUGCUUUGAAACAGAUGCUCUGGGGCCCUCAGAAAAGGUGACGGCUUCUAUUCAAGUUCCUGAUGAUAUAUGUCAUAGCCCUCCAUGGGGUACCAAAGCCCCCACUUACAGCAUGGACAGGCCUGUUGAAUUAAGCAACGCAAUACAUCCUUGUGCUAAUAUGUGCCCAGGGGAUGUGAAUGGCAGGCUGCCAUCUAGUUCAGAAAGGCCCUCUUCCUGCUUGAGUACUGCCAGCGGUGCUCACUCCUUGCCUGGCAGAGAUAAAACGGACCCUGAAUUGCUUUUGCCCAAAGACACAUCUGGCAUUAAAGAGCCAGUUCCUUUAUCACCUCCAUCAAAGGGAACUUGCACUCCUUCACCUCCACAGACUCAUAGCUCCUCACCUUGUUUCCUUAGAGAGCACAGACAGGCAGCCCCUCCUGAAACUGUUUCUGACUGUGCUACACUGAGUAACGAUCACAAGGACCUAAUAUCAUUGACAACUAGCAACAUGAUAAAACCUGCUACUGAGUGUUGGGAGGAGACAGAGAAAAAUUCCAGCCAGGCAGAUCCUUUGGAGUUUAAAAAUUGUUUAGGAAGCUUUCACCUACAGUCUUCUCUCCCAAAGAGUGAAAUCAAACCUCCAAACAACAAAGAGAUUAAAGGAAUUAAUCAAAUUCACCUGGCACAUGGUGAACUGUGUGACCUCCAAGGGAGACUACAAUCCGUGGAGGAAUCUUUGCACUCAAACCAAGAGAAGAUUAAAGUCCUUUUGAACGUAAUUCAAGACUUGGAAAAAGCCAGAGCCCUCACUGAAGGGCGUAACUUCUACCGAACUGGCCAGGACCUCAACAACUGCAGCACUUGUCAGAACACAGCAUGCAUCAUAUACAGUGUAGAAUACGAUUUCCGACAGCAAGAAGGGAGAUUCCAUCAAGUCCUAAGUAGUCUGGAUCAAGUAGAACCACCACCAGAGACAGCCCUACCACCAAAGCCGCCAGCAGAGCCUCCUGCUCCUGAAAAACAGGACUUUCGAAGGAAAACCAAAAAGGUGAAAAAGAAGUGUUUUUGGUGGAUCUGAGGUUGUUAGAACACUGCACUCCUCAAACUGCCUUCCCAAGGUGGGGAAGCCAAGUGCCCUGUCCUCUCCUGCUUGGUAGCCAAACUGCUCAAAAGAUCACCAAGAUCCUCCCAGGAGAUGUGCAGUAUCCAGACCUAAUCAGAGAUGGGUCAGGCAGGUCUCAGCAGGGUUGAGACCAGUCACCCAAUGGGACUCAAUGGCAGAAGGAGCAGGUCCCACUUGCUAAAGGUUUUACAGGUACUCUAAUGCCAACUUGCAGAGCUCCCUUUCAAACAUAUGUGGUUUCAUAGGCAAGAAGGUUGCCAGCAGCCAUUCAUAUGCUCUUUCAUUACCCCAGCAUCCUGCAAUGAACCAUUCACCGAUACCAUGAAUAUAAACUCUCUCAGACCUAGGAUGACAGACAGGAAAAGGAAGGAAGUACAGAGACAUGACUACUCCUCAGUUGUUUUAUGAAAACAAAGAACUCCAAUCCACAGUUUUCUGAGACAUCAGCAAUACUUAAGCACAAAAAGAAAUCAAACUGCAUGAUAGCCCUUAUUUGUUGGUACUUUUUCAUUCCUUAAUUAGAAAUUUGAACCCAAAUUAACUAUUUAACAAUUGUAUGACACUGAAAUGUUAUUAGGACUUGCAAAAAGGUCCUAAUACUACACACACACACACACACACACACACACAGCAACCUGAUCAGUAUUAUAACUUCUGGCUCAUUUUGACAUCCAGUGAAAUUUAGGUAAAUAAUAAUGUUAUAGGAAGGAUACGAAGAAUUUCUGUCAUGAUAUUCAUGCUCACAUGCCAUCUGAUUACAGAUCCCUAGGGUUCCCUUUGACAAGGUAAAGAAAGAAAGAUCUGGGCCUGAGAUGACCAGGCUAUUUAAUGACAUCUCCACUCUUGGAACAACAACAACAAAAAUAAGUUUAGUAAAACCAACUAACAUGGUGGCUGAACCUAAUCUUUCUUGCCAAUAGAAUGUAAGCUCCUUGAGGGCAGAGACUGUUUUGUUUCUGUUUUUGUAUCCCUACUAGCACCUAGCACAGUGCCUUGCACAUAAUAGGUGUUUUAAUAAAUGGCUAUUGAAUCAAAUUGGCUGAGGGCUCAAUUAAAUCCCCAUGAGAUUUUAAAAAAAUAAUAUUUAGUGCCACAAAAUCCAGCUACUCCCAUCCAUUAUUCUCUGGCUGUUUUUUUUUUUUUGUUUUUUUGUGGGUUUUUUUGGUGUUGUCAAUUUUAUAAUACACCGACAUCAUGUGUUCAGCUAUUCUAAUAGCCUUACUGGUCAUUUCAAAUCAGUUUCAGGAUCUUGUGAUGUAUUAAUCUUAGGCAUAUAUUUUCACAAUGAGCUAGAAAUGAGGGCCUGGUGGAAUGAAGUUGCAAAAUUUGGGAUGGAGAUAAACAUCCUAUUUCUACUAAGCUCUUAUUUCUUAUGAAAAUCCAUGGCUAAUUUUCCCCUAGGCUCUAAACCUGAGAGAACAGUCUAAUUUAAGUGGUGGACAAAACCUCAAAAAGAAUAUAAUUAGAUUUCUGCUGCACAUUCAUGGGGAGUGAGAGCAAGGGUUAGAAAGUCUGCUGACUAAAUUAAACCCUAUGGUAGCUUGUUGAGACAGUCAUCCUUCAAUCCAGGGGAAAAGAAAAGAUGCAAACUCAAAGUGUAUAUGGACUAUAGAGAGACUAUUCAAUGAUCUGGAGCAUUAGCCAAUGUAGGGUUCCUCAAAGGUUAAUUUCAGAAUCAUCUGAUAGAAUUUCUGUGAGAGAAACAUCUACUCCUGAUUAUACACAGGAAACACUGACCCAAUCCCAAAUCAAGGCCUCUUGAGAAAACUUCACCAACAGUGUCACCUUCCCAUAUCACAGCAGUGUAGUCAGCAGAGCCAUUUCAGUGGAAGAAGAAAAUGUUCAUGAAAGUUAACCAAGAAAUUGCAUCAGAGUUGCUGAAGCUGCUUCUGUUUUGUUUCUAGGGUAGUGUCUAAAUUCACACAAAGAGACUCUAAUAAGGCCUAGAACACACAAAUAAAAUCAAUGAAAGUUAUAAAAAAUAUACUUAUCAUAUAAUCUCUUCCUGAAGCCACCCUUAAAUACAGCAAUAGCUAAAUGCCAUAGAUACUCAUGCAUCUCUGUAUAUGCAUCCAAUUCUCAAAUGCUCUCAUCUAUGAAAAAGAUCAAUAAUACGGAUAAUCUAAAACAAUAUUAAUCAAAAAUUCAAUUAUACUUGGUUUGGAGAUUUUUUUGGUAGUAUAUAUGCCGUCUUAAUUAUUCUUUGGUUAAGUUAUUUUUUAAAGAUGUCUUUUUUAACUGAACACAUACCAACUAUAUUUCAGGAAGGUAUCCCAGGACUAAGCUGAAUAAUUUAAGGAAGCUAGCCUGGGAGUCAACCUUUCUAUGUGGAUAACAAAUACUCAUAGAAAUGACAGCUUAUGUAUAAUGAUACCUAUUAUACAUCCACAGGUACACAAGCUCACAAAGACCCAUGUAUGUGCUCUAUUAAAGGAAUUCAAGUAGCCUCACCAGAACAUAAGGGGAUAAGGACUAGGUUCUGAAAACAAGCAAAAAUAAAUUGAACAGGAAAAGCUAGCAAUUGUUCUGUACCAAAGCACAGACCAGGUGCUUGUAGGACCUGGUUCUGGAACAAGAGAAGUGUUGAUUUCUCAGUCUAUCAAAAUCGCUGAAAUGAGAAAAGCCCUGUCACAGUUUCCCUUUCCAACUAGUAAAAUGGUCUCUGAAUUAUUCAAAACUCCCAUUAAAACAGUAAAAACAAAAACAAUAACAACAACACAGAGAAAACAACUCCUACUCAUCUCACAGGAACUCAGACCUUCUCCAUUGUAUAAUAAUGUAUAGCAUCUGCCAUCAUGAUUUUACUGAAAUACUACACUUGAAGUUACUCUGUUAUAUAGAGAAAGAUCCAUCUGGCAAAAAAAAAAAUUCUUUUGUUCAACAGGAGGAAAGAUGGACUGACACCAACACAUUCUACAUUGCAGGAGUUUCUACAGCUACUUUCUCUGUAGUAGAAUAUAAAAGAUUAUUCACCAUACUUGGUACUUAAAGGUAGCUGCUCUAUAAAGCAUCUUCUUUAAAAUGAUGUACUAAUGUAAUGUUUUGUAAAUUUCUAAAUGGUUUUAAAUGGGAUAUUAUCUUUUUUCAAUAAACUUACAUAUUUUUCCUAGGU